AUGUCCACCGUCUUCGUUGGAGGCAGCAGCCGGCGCCACAGCUCAUAUGAUUCCUUGCACUCCAAUGGCUCGCCUAUAUCGCUCGAUGGACAGGCGGAGUCUCCCCUGAAGCAGCCAGAGAUAACAACCAGUGGUACCGCCGAUGCCUUGGGGGCCAGUGAUGUUCCGCCGCUGGGUCUGCCCGCAACGCGAAAGGAAGUUUUGGUUCCAGGGGGGUGA